AUGGGUCAGAUCAUCACUCUGGUUGCCUGUUUGGUCGUAGUUGCCUUUGCUCAGUACUAUGAAGGAGAUCACGGCCAUCAUCAUGAAGAUUAUCAUUCGCACCCGAAAUAUAAGUUCGAAUAUGGUGUCAAGGAUGGACACACCCACGAUCACAAGAGCGCCUGGGAGCACCGCGACGGAGACCACGUGAAGGGACAGUACACUCUGGAUGAGGCUGAUGGCACCCAUCGCGUUGUGGAUUACAGCUCGGACCACAAGGGAGGAUUCCAGCCUCAUGUUCAGCGCAAGGGACACGCUCACCAUCCACAUCACGGAGAGAGCUACGCAAACAUCGAUCAGCACUACUGAUUUGUAUGUUCAUUCGUUUUUGUAAUAAUGGUCACAGAAAAAUAGUACUUUUUUGU